UUUUUUAAGAUAGCAAUGCCCAAUCAGGAUGGUUGCUUUGCAAUUCCUGAAUAUAAAAGGUCAGGUAUGCCUUCGUUCGGUCUCUCUGCCGCCAUAGAUGACACCGCCAUGUCACUAACGACUAACGAGGGAACUAACAGUAAACUCCGACAAGCUUACGCUGCUAUUCUCCUUCAGAUUGCUCGCAAACUGGAUCGAGAACAACAGCAAGAGCUCCGUUUCUACUACUCUAGAUCUGGUCUGAUUUCGGUGGAAGACACUGGAAUUUUAACCACACUAACCUCUCUCGAACACGCUGGAAUGAUUUCGUGGGAAGACGUAGGAAGGUUGACUGAAGGUCUGCGUCAAAUACAACGCCUGGAUCUUGUUAAACUGUUGACCGAGUUUGAAAUGAAAAGGAAUCUAACGGUUCUUCUGGAUUUCUACACGAGAAAGAGGCUAGGAUUGGAUUCAUGCUUUCGCUCGGACUCUGUGCAAUCAACAGCUGCAUAUUUGUUGACGGAAACUGUCCGAGAAGGAUUUGAUAUCACAAACAUUAGAUCACUGGUUGAAUCAGGAAAGAGCAUCAGAAAGGUGUUGAAUGAGUUCGAAGAAGAGAUUGAUCGAAGUGAAUUUUCUUCUCCUUGGAGUAAACUCACUAUGUUGAUUGUCAUCGCCGGGGAGAUUAUUGUGGCAGCUUCAGCGGACGGGAAACGUCACCAGAAUCACCAACUGAUGGAGAUGUGUUCCACCGCGGCUGAAGAGUGCAGCUCACGGAUGACAGAACUGGGAAGUUGGCAAGAUUUCUGUCACCAUGUGGAGGAACGAUUCCAACUGGUGUGGUAUCAACAGAAUUCAGGGUCCGAUCCCAGCAGUUUGCUCGUGAAGAAGGAAAUUGCUGACGUGGUUCACAAGCUGAAGGAGUCCAGCUUUUUUCAGUAGACAAACAUCUAGUUAGGUCUACACCAACCUGCAUAGUUGGUGGUGUUUCUUGCGUGGAUGAAAAAAAGUCUGCGAGGAGAACGGAGAGGAAAUGUCUGUCUCCUCUCCAUUCCUCUCACGAUUCAUGUUUUCAUUCCGCAAGAAAACCACCAGCUAUGUGAGGUCUUUCCUUCCCUUAUUUUUUUAUUCCACCUUUGCUUUCUGUCUAGAGUGACAAGACAGUGACAACAAAAAAUUCAAAAAAUACUAAAAAAAACGAAAAAGAGAAAAAUUGAAAAAAAAAAUGGAAAAUGAGGUUUUGAGAAAAGGAUUAACAUCGCAAAAAGAUUUAUGCUUCGAAAUGAAAAACAACUUACUA